AUGACUUCCACAACACACGAUGUGGUGGACUGUGAUGUCGACACCAAGCAGCCUCCCCUCCUGGAAGGCAAGCAGGGCGCAAGGAAGGAACAGUCCAUGACCUUGUUGCAAGCAGUGAAGCUGUACCCCAAGGCCGUCGGCUGGUCUGUUCUGCUCUCUACGACCCUCAUCAUGGAAGGAUACGACCUCGCUCUGCUCAGCUCCAUGUAUGCAUCUCCUGCCUUCAACAAGAAAUUCGGCGUCCAAGGACCAGAUGGGAAGUGGGCUGUCCCGGCAUCCUGGCAAUCGGGUUUAUCGAACGGUGCACGAUGCGGAGAAGUCAUUGGACUUCUUCUAAAUGGUCUUAUCUCGGAGCGACUGGGAUACCGACGAACGAUGAUUUGUGCUCUCUUUACCAUCACGGCGGUCAUCUUCCUAUUCUUCUUCGCCGUCAACGUGCAAAUGCUUCUUGCCGCUGAAAUUCUGGCCGGUAUUCCCUGGGGUAUAUUUCAGACUCUCCCAGCCGCCUACGCAUCCGAGGUUUGUCCUGUCGUCUUGCGUCCGUAUCUGACUACCUUCAUCAAUAUGUGUUGGGUAUUCGGGCAGUUCGUCGCAGUGGGUGUUAAUCGUGGCUCGAUCUCAAGAGACGAUCAAUGGGCGUAUCGCAUUCCUUUCGGAGUGCAGUGGGCAUGGCCCUUGCCUAUUUUGAUGGGCUGUCUCUUUGUGCCCGAAUCUCCCUGGUGGCAUGUCCGUCAGGGGAAUAUUCAAGGUGCACGUCGUGCAUUGCAGCGACUGACCUCCGACAACGACCCGACGUUCAACUUGGAUGAGACAAUUGCUAUGAUCCAGCACACCAAUGAGUUGGAAAUGUCGCUGUCCAGUGGAACUUCAUACUGGGAUUGCUUCAAGGGUACGAACCUGCGCAGAACCGAGGUUGUCUGUUUUGUCUGGCUUGUUCAGACACUGUGCGGUCAAAACCUGAUGGGGUAUUUCGCGUACUUCAUGGUCCAGGCUGGUCUGCCCACGGUGCAAUCAUUCAAUAUGUCCUUGGGUCAAUAUGCACUCGGUGUCAUCGGUACACUGGGUUCCUGGUUCUUAAUGACAGUCGCCGGUCGGCGAACCAUCCACGUCUGCGGUCUAGCUUGUCUCUUCACCCUCCUCAUCAUCACGGGAAGUCUCUCAUUUGCCGACAACAAUGGCGCCAAAUGGGCUAUUGGCGUGAUGCUUAUUAUUUUCACAUUUUGCUACGACAUCACAGUCGGCCCAGUCACAUACUCGCUAGUCUCGGAGCUCUCAUCGACCCGACUCAAGGCCAAGACCAUUGUCCUUGCUCGCAGUCUCUACAACAUCAGCAAUAUUGUUGUGAAUGUCUUGACGAACUACCAGCUGAACUCGACUGCUUGGCACUGGGGUGCUAGAAGUGCUUAUUUCUGGGCCGGGACCUGUCUCCUCAGUCUUAUUUGGGCUUACUUCCGCCUCCCGGAGCCCAAGGGGCGCACUUAUGAAGAGCUGGACUUGUUGUUUGAAAGAGGUAUUUCAGCUCGGAAGUUCGCGCAGACGAAUGUUGAUCCGUACGAGGAAGAGGCAAUCGAGGUUCGAGAAGAGCGUGCGAGUAAGGACUAG